UUCUUCAACAUUAUUAAAAAAAUAUCUGUCAAAAAUGCACUGAAAAAAAUCUGCUGUUCUCUUUUCUAGAGUUAAUUUACGUAAAAAAAUACGCAGCCCUAAUUAAUUGUUUCAGUAAUCAACAUCGAAUUAAAAUAAGAAAGACUUAAUGUUUAGUGUCAAAUUGUGUGUGUAAAAAGUGAAAAAUGUUCUAUCCAGUUUGAUGCUGCAGUCACUAAUAUAACUCUAAAAACAAAAUGGCGUCCGUGUGGAAGCGGCUGCAGCGGGUCAACAAACGCGCCGCCAAGUUCCAGUACACCGCCUCCUACCACAGGGUUGAUCUAGAAACAUCGCCUAAAUGGAAACCCAACAAACUGAGCGUGGUGUGGACGCGUCGGUCCCGGCGCGAGGUGACUGACCCCCGCGAGUGGGAGCCCUCGCUGAAAGACCCACUCAAAGGUACGGUGUUAUACACGGUGCCCGAAAACCACACGGUGGCGGUCACUCUGUUCAAGGACUCUCGCACCAACGAGCUGGAAGAUAAAGAUUGGUCCUUCGUCUUGGAAGAUGUAUCGGUAACAGGAAAACGGCGUCGUCUCGCCGUGUGCUCGAUAAACAUGCGUAAAUACGCCAGUCUGGAACCUUCGCAGCGCCCUCUCGUGCUUAACUUGGAGCCAACCACACAGAAAAUAGUCUCCGCUUCGGUACAACUGACAUUGCAUUGCGUCUUAUUACGAGAAGGGCAGGCCACUGACGAAGAUAUGCAAUCGCUCGCAUCUCUCCUCUCAGUGAAUAACAAUUCAGAUAUCGCAGUGCUAGAAGAUUUGGACGAAGACGAUUAUACUUUGUCGGAUAACUCUACCAGACAGAUGCUCGACCUACGACAGCAAAUGGAAGAGAUGACGCAUAGCCUUACAAGCAGUGAUAUAGCUGCCACUCCCAAUAGCGUUCAGAGUCUUAACUUUGACAACUGUCGCACGCCUACCGCUCCCAUCCCUCCAGAAAUCGACGAUCCAGUCACUCCAGUACCCAGGGAAAUAACUCCAGAUAGAGAAAUUGCAAAAUCUAGACCAGAAUAUUUGAAUAAUCUAACAAAAUUAUCGGGGAAGACCGAAUUACCCAAAUUUACGUCGACGCCAAACAAAAUGGCGGAAAGCAAAGUUGAUAAUAAGUACGUUUUCAAGCCUAAAGCGAUUACGAAAAGGAACCUAAAGCCGUUGGAGUUAAAGACUAAUUUGAAUAACAUAACGUUGGAUAAGAAUGAUAAUGAGAAUGAGGAUAGUGAGAAAACGCCUACAGUUGAUACGGAGAAGAUUGAGAAACUGUUUCCAGGGAGACUUGAUAAGGACAAAACGCCGGUGCAAGAUCUCCUCGAAUGGUGUCAAGCGGCCACUCGUGAGAACAUUUCCUGUCAGAUCACCAACCUGACGACCAGUUUCCGCUCGGGGCUCGCGUUCUGCGCCAUCAUUCACCGUUUCCGGCCUGAUCUCAUUGACUUCUCAGGGCUGCAACCGGACGAUGCGGAGACAAAUCUUAAAAUAGCGUUGGAGGCGAGCGCUAAACUGGGAAUAUCACAAGUGCUGUGUGCCGCGGAUGUCUACGGCAGGCCGCAGCCCGAUAGAUUGGCGAUAAUGACGUAUUUGUUUCAACUAAGGGCGCAUUUCACUGGUAACGAACUACAAGUGGAACAAUUAGGUAACGACGAGACGGAGUCGUCGUACAUGGUGGGGCGCCACGACACCGACAGCGGCGCGCCGCGCGAGCUGUUCAGCCGCGAGGUGGCGGCGCGCCGCUCGCGGACCGCCAUGGAGCGCCCGCGCUGCGUAUCUCAAGAAUCUCAAGAGUCUCGUCGUUCGCUCACGCCAGACAAACACACACCGCCGUCCGCGGCCGUCAAAGAUGUCCGCGACUUGUUCCUGCAACAGGGGAAGAGCAUUUUGGGCAAGAUGCUGUCUCCCACUAGAGACCAGAAACCUAGUGCUAAGUGGUUCGCUGAGACUAAUGUUAUAGAGCCAAUCCCCGCUCGGCCCGAGAAACUGAUGACUCGCAAAGAGCUGACUGACCCGUUCGGUUCAGACGAGGAGGAGGAGACUAGUCCGCCGCAGAACAAUAAUGUUGCUUCAGACACAGCGAAACCAGAAUCAAAGCCAGUAAUCGAACCCGCGACCACGGACCCACUGACGGGCGCCGAACCCAUGACCGCGGACACGAAGCAACCCACGCCGGAGCUGCCGAAACCUACGCCGCAAUUGUUGUCACGUCACGACGAGCUGAAGGAGCGAGCGAGACUGCUGCUCGAGGCGACUAAAAAAGAGGCGCGGGAAAAGGAUAGAAAUAGGCGGCAAAACUCUAAGGAGAAAGAGGAGAAGAAGACAGAAAUCGUGAAUGGUCUUACGAAUGGUGACACGAGUCCUAGUAAAAAGCCGAUGACGGAAGAGGACAGACAGACAAUGCUUAGAGAAAGAGCGAGAAAGCUAAUCGCGGACGCCAGAGCUGGUAUUGUAAGUCCCACAUCGCCGUUAUCGCCGAGUCGAGUUCCGCGCGGUGGCACCGUGGAGAUUAUAAGCAAACAGUCUGUCAUGGAAGAAAUUGCAGCUGCGGGCGGCAUGGAUCAAUUAGAAGCGCUGGUUUCUCGCUCCGAUUCUCUACCUUCAAGUCCACGGUCUCGGAAGAGCACAGAAAGUCCCGACAGAUCAGAUGACCGCGCAAGUUCAGAAGAUUCGGUCGGUCCUCGAUUGCAAUCUUUUUCAGCUCUGGUCGAUAGACUGACGCCAGACAACGAAUUGCCAGAAGAGGGCAGAGAGACCGGGUCGUACAUAGCCAGCGAGCUGGAAGCGCUGGAGAAGGAGCAGUCCGCCAUCGACGAGCGCGCCGCCGCGCUGGAGACGCAGCUCCGGCGGGUCAUGCAGGCCGCCGACAACAGCGAGGAGGAAGAUCGUCUUAUGUCGCAGUGGUUCAACCUAGUCAACAAAAAGAACGCAUUGCUCAGGCGGCAGAUGCAACUCAAUAUACUUGAACAAGAGGAAGACUUGAGUCGCCGUUGUGAUCUCUUGGCGAGGGAGUUGAGGCUGUCGCUCGGCGUGGACGAGUGGCGGAAGACGCCGGGCCAGAAGCGGAGAGAGCGGCUGUUGUUGCAGGAGUUAUUAUCUGCAGUCAACGAAAGAGAUAGACUGGUGCAGGAAAUGGACGAGCAGGAGAAAGCGAUAGCAGACGACGACGCGAUAGAACGCAAUCUCUCUCAAGUGGAGAUCCAAAGGAAGAACAAUUGUAUACUGCAGUAAAUAGGGUGUAAAAUUAAGUGACGGCGCGGGUUUGUUACUCUAUAAAUGAAAUAAAUUGAUUUUCGAAAAAGGAGGAUUGAAUAAAAUAUUUUCUUUAAUGAAAUGAGCAGGAUAAAUGAUUUGUUGAAUGAAAAGAAAGAAAAAUUUUAAUUUUAGAAAAGUGUAAUUUCUUCAUAACACGUGACGUUAUUUGAAUAAAAAAAGAGUAAUAAAAUAAAUAAAUCAUAAAAUGGCAACAAGUUAUUCCUUACAUUUAAAUAAAAAAAGGAAUCAUGUUUUUAACAUAAAAAAUAUAGAAGGAAUAAGGAUUGGUAUUUCACAUCUAUAUCCCUUGCGGGAUAGAAGAGCCAACAGACUUGAAAAUAAUAGGCCACGUUCAGCUAGAAUGGCUUCAUGAUAGAAUUAACGUUCAAAUAAGAGACAGGUUGCUAGCCCAUCGCCUAAAAAAAGAAUCGCAAGUUAAUAAGUCUUUCCCUUUGUCGCCUUUUACAACAUCUAUGGAAAAAAGACGAAGUGUUUUGUAUUGGUGCCGGGAACCACACGACACAUUCAUUCAACCCGUAACAUUUCAAAUAUCAUGUUGAAAUUGUAGUUUGAAGUGUAAAAAAACUGAUUUGUAUUAGAUCAAUGUUGUUUGAUGUACCUAAUAAAUGUCAAAAGAUUGUGUGAAAAGUCCAUUAGAAUAAUGUGAGAAAGGAAAGCAAUGGAAAUUAUUCAGUGAAUCGUGAGAAAUGUUUUAGGAUUAAGUAUCAUUAAAAUUAUUAAAACAAAUUUAAAGUGUAAAACGCAUAGGGACCGGCGAAACGAAGGUUAAAAUAUAAUCUAAAACAAAUAUAUCACGUAUAAAUGUAAUCACGUCUUUUACCUUACAGGGUAGACAGAGCCGGCAAUUUAGAACAAACACAUAUAUGUGUUCUAUAAUUGACUUAAAUUCAUUAAAAUAAGGAUUUUACAAAUCUUUUUUGCAUCAUUGAAAUUCCCUUAUACCUGAAGUCUUAAUUUUAUUAAUAUCAAUUUUAAAAUACCUAUUUUACCCCUCUUUUCACCGGUUCCCUCGUGUUUAUCCAAAUGCGUGCUGUAAUCAAGUCGGCCUGAUGAGGCGCAUAAUACUCAUGUAGAUUCCUAUAUUUAAUCUUUAUUUGCGCUUAAUUAUAAGCAUUUUUUUAAGGCUUAACAUGUUGGUAUAUUUUUACUACCAAAGAGUCAAUUUGAACAUUGUUUUUUUAAAUUUAUUUUUAUAAAACGCCCCACAUAAUUACGGUGAUAGAAAAAGUACAAUACGCCAUAAGAUUUUUUUUAAAUAUAUAUAUUCAGAGCUACGCUAAGUAGCAAUUUAUUUUUUUAAGUAGACAUUUUUGUGCGAUUAUUUUAGUGUAAAUAUUAGCGAGUUUAGAUUUUAAAUGUUAUUUAUUUCGGGCUUUCGUUAUUUAAUUGUUCUUGCCUUGGUGUUGAUUAAAAAAUAUUCAUUGAAGUUUUAAAUCGUGACUGUCAUCGAACAAUGGAGGUUUUGUAAAGUGUCACUAGGAGGCAGCACGGCGUCGUUACAUCAAAUGCAAUGUUGUGAUUGGACGUCAGUUGACAUUUUUUAAUUUGUUUUAAUUUACUCGAAAGCAACCUUUUUUUUUUAGAAUAGUUUUUUUGUGCUGGCAUCAAUUGUAUUUAAAUAAUCUUUCUAAAACCUUUAUAGAAAUAAUUGUCAUCAAUUAUUACAAUGGUAGAUUUUGUAUUGGCACUUCUGGUUGUAACUUUGCUGUAAGUCUAAAAUUUUGUGCAAUUACGACUUACCGAAAUGUAUUUGCAAGAUCAAUCUACCGACGUUAAUAAUAAUAUGUAAAACAUCGGUCACUUAAAGAACGCCUAUCAUUCGUCUUUUGAUAUCAUAUAUGUUUUGUAAAAUCUUCUCUUGUUUGACCAUACAUACCACUAUGACCAUAAUCUAAGCAAAAGAGGGUUAAUCGACUAUAUUCUGACCACCGUUUUAAUCGAGAAUUUCUAUUUUACUAUUCCGGGAAGAAAGUGAUGUUAAAAAUUCCGAUAUUCGCAUACUAAUAGUGAUUAUCCAAAUAAUUAGAAUUAAAUGUAUAUACAAUACACGUAAUGAAAUAAAAUUGUAUUUAUUUUUAAUAAAUAAUCGAAUACUUAUGUAAUAUGUUCUAAUAAUCAUCAACUUGUUUGAAAAUAUUUCGUACUAUCUCUAAGUCGCUACGGAAAGCUUUUUAAUAUCCUAGUAAAAUUUUAAGUUCAAUUAAUAAUAUCUCAUGACGUAGUUCACUCCGUUCAGAAAUUGAGUAGGUACGUAUUAAAACUCAUUUGGUCAUUUUGAAAUUCGUACAAUGUAAUUAUUAUGUGUUUGACAGUGACAGCUGAUAAAAAUACUCUUGUCAUCGGGAUACGCGGGAAAAUAUUAUUAUCUCAGACUUUUGCAUUCAUCAAAUUAUUUAUUUUUGUGUUAAGUAUAAGUACGUACGUUAAGUCAAAUCUUUGAUAAAACUGAUUUCAAAAGUGGCAGUAAAUAACUCUGUAACGGAGUGUAACUGAAUUUUAAAUAAUUUUGUUUAAACCACUAAGUUAAUUGUAUUUUACUAAUCUUGUCCAAAAGCCUACACACAAUUUUUUAAAUAUAAGUCGUGUGUGGACUUUUGUGCCUGGCUGUACAUUAACUUUUAUCCCUUUUUACAUGACACUUAUAUGACUCCAAAAUUUAAGAACAGUUAGAAAUAUAAUCCGAAAAUAACGUAAACACAAGUCAUAGAUAUAUAUCGAAUUAUUGUAAUCGUCCUGUAGAUGUAGCAUUUAUUUUUCGAUAUGAAUUAUAGUAUUUUUUAUGUAAAAUAGUUCUUUCUAGGCGUGUGGUAGUUAAUCAGUUAUUUAUUAUGACUGCGGGGCGGGAGAGUGAAGCGACAAUGGUUUAUAAGAAGUUUCAAAUUUAACAUAUUGUUUGCUUUAAUUUUGCGUUUGGUCCAAUUAGUAUUUGGUUAAAUUACUUGUUUUGCGAUGGUUCCUAUUUUCGCAUUUGAUAUAAUUCUUUGUUCAAAUAUUGCAUGGUAAUUUUUUUGCCGCUGCUUCGCUCGCCGCAGUCAGAGCUUCACGGUGUAUAGCGAGGUGCUAAAUUGGUCGGUUUUUAUGUGAAAUUUCACUGUUUGUGCAAUCUGAAGCUUAUUAGUAUUUACGAGUAUAUGCACUGAAGCGGUUUUGUGUUAUAAUCUAUUUAAUUUGGAGUCUUACGUCAAGUAAAUCAAAGUCGAAAUCUAUUUAAUUGUGCAAGAACCUCACGUGUACAGCUCAGUUUUCAAUUUAAUUUUUUUAUUAUUUUUACAUCAAAUAAAUUACUUCUUAAUAAAGCUUUGAACGCACGUGCGACACGACACACCGCAAAUCGGUUCGACCAGACGGCUUAUAUAUUCUUGGAAGAUAUACAUAUCUUCUUUCUCUCUCUGUCUUUUUUUUAUCUCAUAGUAACAGAGAGACCGAAGACAAGACAUUCUCAAUGUUCUUGAAUAAAUCGCUGUAAUUCAGCGUGCAAAAGUAAUAACAUCAUGUCGUAUCGUAAGUGUGUUUAGAGCUUAAAACAUGCAUCUUUAAUAGGUUCUUUGCUGUCUAUAUCCGCUGUGCACGUCUGUUCAGUCAGCUCCGAUCUCUGUAGUUUGUUGCAAAUGCAGUGUCGUUUUAGUAGUGUUGAAAAUGUAUUGCAAUGUCGGAUAGUAAAUUAUUGUUAUCAGUAGAUAAUAAUUUGAUAUGGAGGUAGCUUUAAAUUUUUUUUAACACUACUUAUAAGUAGUAUAGAUAUAUCUGAGAGAGGCGAAAAGGUAAAUUUUUCAAAGAAUAUCCUCAUAUAUCAUAAACUUAGGCACAUAAAAUCCACUUCCAUACACAGGCCUCGAAAGGUCCACUUUGAUUGAGACACCAUUAACACAAGUAAUUAAAAAAAUCUAACACAAUUUGUAAUAUUGGUUCAUACAGGACUAUCUGACAUUAUUUUGAUCGGCGCCAACGCCAAUAUCCUGUUUGGUUUCCUUCCACCCAAAGGUUGCCUGGAAGAGAUUGCAUUAGCGAUAAAUCCGCCUUUGUACCACCUUUGUUUAUUUUGUGCUGUUUUAUGUUUUUCUCUAAUGGUGCAAUAAAGAGUUUAUCUAUCUAUCAUUGCAAUACAAUUGAUGAGGUUGAGAAUUGUAGAAAAACCCGCAGUAUUUAGUAAGUUAGAAUAAUAUCGUAAAAGCGAUGCCAUCAUUGUCUGUACCGUUAUUUAUGACGCUAUUAUAUUAUGGACCGUAAUAAAGUGAUAUUGUAAAUUGUAA